AUGACGACAGCGGACAGGCUCUCCGCACGGACCGUGCACACCAACCCGAGCCGCUCCUUUGGCUGCCGCACUCUCACCUUGGGCCGCAGUCUCACCUCCGUUCGCAGCACCGCCUCUGUGAGCCGCAACGAUACAUGGCAUUUUUGGACGCCGCAAACGAAAAACAUCGAAAUCUCGGAGUUUGAGAUUUAUGACGAUUCCGACCGACGCAUUGCGAUUGCAAACACAACGGCCAAGACACGAACGGCAGCAACGAGCUCACUCGCGGCCAUGCUCGAGCACAACAUCGUCACGCACUGGCUAGUCAAGGUCUUCUCGGGCACCGCCAACUCGGCCUGGCACGGCACCGUCCUCGUCACCUUCAUCUUUGCGCUCAGCGGCAGCAAUGCCGCGGCUGGCGUCGCCGAGGCCGCUCAGAACACCGCCGCUCUCGCCGCCUCGCUGCCCCUCGGCACCCUCGCCGAUCGCUGGAGCGCAGCCCGCACCGUCUGCGGCGGCGGUGCGUUCGUGCUCGUCGCCACGGCCACCACCUCUCUCGCGGCUGUCGGUGGCGCCGCGGCUGUGUCUGAGUCGGGACGCGGCCGCGCAUACGCCCUCCUCGUCGUCGCGAUGGCGCUGUGGGGUGUGGUCAACGCGACGAUCGACGGCCCGGCACAGGCCCUGUACGCAAGCUCGAUGCGCCGCGCCGACCGGACCCGACUGAUGACUCGCGCCUUCCAGCUGUACACGAUGGCGGCGGUGGCGGGCCGCGGCCUCUCGGCGGCGGUAUUUUGGGCGCACGGGGACGCGUGGUCGCUCCCAGCGCUGCGCGACGCGAUCCUGGUCGGGGUGGGGUGCGAGGUCCUGGCGGGAGGAGCACAGCUGCCGCUGCCGGAGGCCUGCAGGAUGAUGCUACUGGCACACAGGAUACGAGAUUGUGUCAUGUAG